CAUAGCCAGUAAAGCACAUCAUGUAUGCACUAAACGUUUCGUUUCGUUUCGUCCGUAGUACUGUGCAAGAAAUUGCCACACCGCACGAGUCGAAGUGGCCUCGAAUCAUCGAUAUCGCUACAUAUAAUGUUAAUUAAUUUGCACGAUGUUCCUUCAUGUUCCGCUUUGGAUGCUCUCACCGGACAUUCUGGUCAUGCGAUGCUUUCGAAACAACACGUACGGAAUACUUCGGUACCAUCGGAAAGCUCAGUUAUUAAAUGUAAAACAUUAAAAAUGAAAAAUAACAAAAAUUCAGAAAGGUCAAGAUUAACCGAUCAAGAUUUAUCAUCAAUUUUAAAAAUUGCAUCAGCUCAAUAUAUUCAACCAAAUCUUGAUGACUUGCUUUGUGAAAAACGAUGUCAAAUAUUUUCUAAAAAGAUUAAACCGUGA